AUGAAGGAAAAGAAGGGAAGACGCAAGGACGCAAUCGAACGAUUUAUCGAAUCGAACCAAACGGUCGUGCUGUCAAGUCUCAGCCAGCUGCGAUACAGUAUCCUAUGCGAGGGCCUUCCGAAGGAUAAUGGAUUGUGUCCGUACAGAACGUAUGUUUGGUCCAUCCUCCUGCGAGUCGAGCCUCUAGACGUCGACUACUACGCCAGCCUUGUCGACCGAGGGCCGUCGAAUGUGUUUGCCAAAAUCCAAAACGACGCGUUCCGCACCUUUCAAAAAGACGAGGAGUUCAGCCGCAAAGUGUCCACGAGUGUUUUGAUGCGCAUCCUAAACUCGCACGCCCUGGAAGUCGAAAGCCUCGAGCUGCACAACUCGGCAGGAGCUCCCGCGUCGCCCUACGUCCAAGGAAUGAAUAUCUUGGCGGCACCGUUUGCGUACGUUUGCAGAAGCGAAGUCGAGGCCUUUGCUCUGUACUCGCAACUGGUAAGCCGCUACAUGCCACUAUACACCACGCCCAACCUGCUGGGCGUUCUGAACGGUGUCAAACUGGUGGACAUUAUAUUACAGUUGAUCGAUCCUAAGUUGUACAAUUUUCUGAAGUCUAAGAUGCUCACGGCCAAGAUUUAUGCCCUUCCGUCUGUGCUAACGCUGAGCGCAUGUACGCCGCCCUUAGACCAAGUGCUGGAGCUUUGGGAUUUUCUGUUCAGCUACGGCGUGCACCUGAAUAUAUUCUUCGUGGUGGCCCAGACGAUUCUGAUAAGGGACGAGCUACUGAAGUCCGCCAAUCCUAUGCUGUUGCUGAGAGAGCUGCCGCGACUGGACGCGCGCAAGAUCAUCAAGCUAUCGCUCACCUUUGUGAAACAGACCCCAGACCAGCUGUAUGACAUAAUCGUGAGACACGCAAGGGAGAACGUGGAGGAAGAAAUCGCCGACUGGGAGAGCAGCUAGAACAGCGCCCUGCUGAAAUCCUCUGUCUCGUAAAAUGCCGCCAGGAUGGUGCGGCCAUUGAAUUUGCGUCCAGCGAGAGCCUCGGCGCACUUCUGGGCCUCUUCCGAUGUGGCAAACUUCACAAAAAUUCUGCCCACCUCAGGUUUCGUAGGCAUGCCCGGCCGGAAAUCUGCCUCGGGUCUGGGAAUUAGCACUUUUUCAGCAUGUCCAUGAUAAGAGCACUCAGUCUCGAAGGCCACCUUUAUAUCGUUGUAUUUCACCGAGUCAACCAGAUCUUCGACUGCGACACAGUUGAGAAAUUGCACUAUUUCCGUAGGCGCAUGCGGGCUGAUCUUAUCGGACUUGAGCGCACCAAACAGCGUUUCGGCGGAUAAAAUGACAGCCUGCUCAUACUUGCGCUCCGGAUUUUCGCAGGCCCUGAAUAUCUGGAGUUCAUGAUCGUCUAUGGCUAGUUCGUUGAGUUUAGUCAAAACCUCCGAGUCUUCGCUCACCAUCUCAAAAAAUGCAAUUCCCUUGGACUCAUACGACAGUUUGUCAAUAACCUGUGCCAACGAGCGCACUUUUCCCAGUGGUUGCAAAACCUCGAGAAGCUUUUCUCGUGGUGUGCCAUAGGGAACGUUUCUGGCCACGUACAGCUGGGACGACUCCACCACGUCCUCCGAAGGCUCCGCCGGAACAGACGUAUCGUUCGGGUUGAAUACUACGUAUUCUUUUGGCCGCUCAAAACUCAGCGUAGUGUUCAGCUCGGGCACAUCGAGCCCUGUCAGCGCAAAAAGCGCCGUGGCCACCGUGGAGCGCAGGGUCUGAAUAAUUACUGUCCUGGGAUCCUGGGUCGGGUGUAUCUGGAUCUUCACGUCUUCGUAAUUCACGUUGGGGACAAUAUUGGCAAGCAAAUAGUUUUCCAAAUGCUUUUUUACGCGUUCCAGCCGAACGACGCUGAAGUCUGCUCGCAGAAUGAGUGUCUUGGCCACACGCGAGUCCAGCGGCGUCAGCUUCGAGUUCUGGAACGCCUGCGACCGGUAAUUUGAGGCAGCGUGCGAUAAAAGUCUUUGUAUUUCUGUCGGGUCUGUAGUUCUGGGGGGCUCGCCUGGCUCAGGGAACAGUCCACAUGCCUUGGCGCGUGCAGCGCUCACUCCCUCAAACCCAGGCGCUGGUUUGUCCCACAGAGACACCCGUGCGAUUUUUUCUAGCGGCGGACAGCUGUUUUGGAACGAUGGCCUACCAUUAGCAGGUCGAUAUUCCCUAUUUCGUGCGUAUCCUCUAUCGUACCAGCCCUCUUCAUAGUAUCCUCUCUGUUCUCUAUAAGAGCCACGAUGGUCUCUGUAAAAGUCCCUGGUGUCUCUGGUGUCUCUGUCGUUUCUGGGUCUGCGGUAAUCUCGACGAGGCCCUCUGGGAAGGUUUUCC